AUGGCUAUGACAUCUUCGCAAGUAAAGAGAGAACAACAGAACAAUUUAACCGGGGGCACCGGUUGGCCAAGAAGAAACAGUCAAACGGCUACUAAUAAUACAGCUCCAACAAAUACUUUUACGCCUACAGCAAUAAAUCGAAUUAUAAACUUGUAUCCUUUAACAAACUAUAUAUUUGGUACAAAAGAGCCAUUGUUCGAGAAAGAUCCAAGUGUACCUGCCAGAUUUCAACGUAUGCGUGAUGAAUUUGAUAGAAUUGGAAUGAGAAGAAGUGUAGAAGGUGUAUUAUUAGUACAUGAACAUGGUUUGCCUCAUGUGCUUCUUUUGCAACUCGGAACAACUUUUUUUAAACUUCCUGGUGGAGAAUUAAAUCCUGGAGAAGAUGAAGUUGAAGGUUUGAAGAGAUUAUUAACUGAGACUUUGGGUCGUUUAGAUGGUGUUAAACAAGAGUGGGUUGUAGAAGACAUAAUUGGAAAUUGGUGGAGGCCCAAUUUUGAACCACCACAAUACCCUUAUAUUGCCUCUCAUAUAACCAAACCAAAAGAACAUAAACGUUUAUUUUUGGUUCAGUUACAAGAAAAAGCAUUAUUUGCAGUUCCAAAAAACUAUAAGCUAGUAGCUGCCCCACUUUUUGAAUUAUUUGAUAAUUCACAAGGAUAUGGACCUAUUAUAUCCUCAUUACCACAAGCGUUGUACUAUAACUUCAUUACAUUGUAA